UGAGAAGAAAAUAUCUGCUCAUACUUUGCAACGCGAAAUCAAAUCAGGACACGAAUCGUUCAUCGAGAAAAAGCUUCACUUAAAAUGAAGUCUGUUCUUCUGUUUUUUGUUUUUACUGCCACAUAUGUAGCUGCCGUGCAGGGAGUGUCACAAAAUGACGUAAUGGAGAAAGUUGGAGGAGCUGAUUUUUCUUUUAAAAAGAAAGGAGGGGAGUUGAAAAUUGGAAGAAAAGGGAAAAAAUUAUGGAUGAAAAUAGGGAGUAUUGUGGAACUGAAUGAGAAUGGAGUACAGAUUGGUGGAAAAAUUGAUUUCGAAAAUGUCACCUUUCGAUUUGAAAAGACGAAGAAUGAUUCUACUCUUGGAGUGCAGGCUGCUGUCAUCAAAAUGAUAGCUGAGUUAAAUGGAAAGACCAUUGAGAUGAUCUGGUACGCAUUUCGCGAAGAUGGAACUAUCACUGGAGAAGAUGGCAAUGAGUAUAAUGUGAGAAAAGGGAGUAUAAAGAUGAACUUGAAAUACGACAUUACUCCUUACAACGCCAGCGUGAUAUACAGAGAAUUCGACUUGCUGACAAAAUGUGGUAAGGGCACCAAGAAACCUGAAAAAGAUAACAAGCGCAAAGGUGGCCGCAAAGGGGGCAAAUCUAAAUCAAAAAGAGAUAUUAUCUCAAGUAGAGUGUGUGAUUAUGCCAGAAUAACAUUUUCACCCUCAUAUCGCGUUGGAUCUACAUGGGAGGAUAUGCCAGAGGGUUUUCCAGAGAUGCUUCCCAUUCAAAAAGCCUACGGUGGUGUGAAGUUGCGUUUCAAAGUCGGUUCAAUUUUUUAUGAUCCGGUCACCGAAGUGGGAGACGAUAUUGAUGAACCCUACCCUGGGGAUACAUCCACCGCUAAUCGUGCUGUCGGAGCAACUUCCUUACUCUUGCUGCUUGGAUCAUUUCUGAUAAAAUUGGUUGUCGUCUAAAUUAGGCUUAAGACGAAUAAGUUUUGGCUGUUUAUUUGUUGUUGUUUUUAACGUAAUUUUGACAUUUGCUUGACGUCAUUUUUGACGUGUAUGUAAUGCGAUUUUGACAUGAAUUUAGUUUAAUUUGGCGUGCUUUUUUAUAUAAAAUUGAAUUUUUGUCAAGCAAUUGGUUUUCCGUUUUGCUUUUACAUAUAAAAAUGAAUUUUCCUAUUUUUUAAAUCUACUGUUUCUCUGUUUUAAGACAACUUUUUGACAUUUUGUUUGAAAAUUUUCAUGUGUGACAUACAUGUCAACUUUCUCCCCAAAAACGUAUUCCUGGACAAAGUAAUUAGAAAAACCUUUUAGUUUUUUUUGUUGUCACAUUUGUGGUUUAUUAAUUUAUUGAGAAUUAUAGAUUUUUUGCACUGUGAAUUUUUUCGAACUUUCUCACGGAUGCGACAAGAAAUUUGUUUAACACUAUAAAUUUUGUUUUAAUAUAUUUUAUGAAUUAGAAUUUUUUUGGUAGGUUUGAAUUCAUUUAAUAUGAGCAUAGGAAUCACCCUUUUUUAAAGAAACCUGACUUAUUCUACAUUUUAUAUCUUAAAUAUUGUUUUAAUAAAUGGUUCUAAAUUAGUAUCUUGUCUGUCAAGCGGACUGAUAAAUGACCAUCCAGGAUCUGUGCAAGUAAAAUAUAUGAAAAAUAAGAAAACCUUCUAUAUAUACACAAAAUACCAGUUCUGGAGAUUCGUUUCUUGUAAUUCUUAUAAACUUUUUUCUGAUAAAAAAAGUGUGUACGGAAUGCGUGGUUUGUAAAUAUAAUUAUCUUUCAAUACCAGGUUGCCAGAUGCUAAUAAUGUUAGAACUAGGAGGGUUGAAAGAGAGUCUAGGUUGCACGCAUUUAGUCACUUGAGUUAGAUUGUAUGAUGUAAAUUAAAUGUUUAUAACCUUAUAAAACACCUUUUUUGA